CGCGGGGGAGGCCAGCGGGAGCCUGAGCACCAGCAGCAGCCAGUGUCGGUGAAGAGCAGCCGGGAGCAGCCAGGGCCACAGUCGCGAUGGCCGUGGCGGUGGGGAGACCGAGUAAUGAAGAGCUGCGGAACUUGUCACUUUCUGGCCAUGUUGGAUUUGACAGUCUGCCGGACCAGCUGGUCAACAAAUCCACUUCUCAAGGAUUCUGUUUCAACAUCCUGUGCGUGGGUGAGACAGGUAUUGGCAAAUCCACAUUGAUGGACACUUUAUUCAACACCAAAUUUGAAAGUGACCCAGCCACUCACAAUGAGCCAGGCGUCCGGUUAAAAGCCAGAAGUUACGAACUUCAGGAAAGCAAUGUGCGGCUGAAGCUAACGAUCGUUGACACAGUGGGGUUUGGAGACCAGAUUAAUAAAGAUGACAGCUAUAAGCCUAUAGUGGAAUACAUUGAUGCCCAGUUUGAGGCCUACUUGCAAGAGGAGUUGAAAAUUAAGCGCUCUCUCUUCAACUACCACGACACGAGGAUUCACGCCUGCCUUUACUUUAUCGCUCCCACGGGACAUUCACUGAAGUCCCUGGACCUGGUCACCAUGAAGAAGCUGGACAGCAAGGUGAACAUCAUCCCGAUCAUUGCGAAAGCCGACACCAUCGCCAAGAACGAACUGCACAAGUUCAAGAGUAAGAUCAUGAGUGAACUAGUUAGCAACGGAGUCCAGAUCUAUCAGUUCCCCACAGAUGAGGAGACGGUGGCCGAGAUUAAUGCAACAAUGAGUGUCCAUCUCCCAUUUGCAGUGGUUGGCAGUACCGAAGAGGUGAAGAUUGGCAACAAGAUGGCGAAGGCCAGGCAGUACCCCUGGGGUGUGGUGCAGGUGGAGAACGAGAACCACUGUGACUUUGUGAAGCUGAGGGAGAUGCUGAUCCGAGUGAACAUGGAGGACCUUCGAGAGCAGACGCACACGCGCCACUAUGAGCUGUAUCGGCGCUGUAAGCUUGAGGAGAUGGGCUUCAAGGACACCGACCCUGACAGCAAGCCCUUCAGUCUUCAGGAGACAUAUGAAGCAAAAAGGAACGAGUUCCUGGGAGAGCUGCAGAAGAAAGAGGAGGAGAUGAGACAGAUGUUCGUCAUGAGGGUGAAGGAGAAAGAGGCGGAGCUCAAGGAGGCAGAGAAAGAGCUUCAUGAGAAGUUUGACCUCCUGAAGCGGACUCACCAAGAGGAGAAGAAAAAGGUGGAAGACAAGAAGAAGGAGCUUGAGGAGGAAGUGAGUAACUUCCAGAAAAAGAAGGCGGCCGCUCAGCUCUUGCAGUCCCAGGCCCAGCAGUCCGGGGCCCAGCAAACCAAGAAGGACAAGGAUAAGAAAAAUGCAAGCUUCGCAUAAGGGCCUGGCAAGCCAAGGACGCUCCCGCAUUCACCUGCUUUGGCAGUAGUAGCAUACUCUGUCAUCUGUGUCCUGUUUGAUUCGUUGUUUCAGCCUUUUCCCAAAUACCAGUAACUUAGCUUAUUUUACUGAAUGUUGUCAGGUGGUGGAAAAUCAUAGCACAAGGGGAUGAUAUCAGCAAAUGCGCGUGCAGCUGGACUUUGGUUCUGGAAAGUCAAUUUGCCUUGUAUGCCUAUUCCAAGUGGCGGCAGGAAGCAUGUCUGUCCUUUGUAUGUUGCUUUGGACCAAGGAAAAGAGGGGUAAAAUAACUACCUGUACGUCUGGUGGGAAAACUCACCGCCUCAGCAGCUGAGCUAAAACCCUGAGUAGCCAUGACACCAACUUGCAUUUUCUUAAUUCUGUGUCUCAUGGUUGUAUAGCUCCUGAAUUCACUGUCUCUUCUCCAUGCUUGCCCCAGACCAGAGGUGGGCUUGAAAGCAGGCAGAAACGGAAGUGAGCAUCCGAGAACUUUUCCCCUAGUGUGGCUUUUUCAUUUAAUCGUUUGCUUAUUUGGCUUGAGCCUAUGAUCUGGUUAGACCAUCUUAGGGAUGGAGUCCGCAUCUGCCUGCCUACCUUCAAAGCCGGGCCAAAGCUACGGACUGGCAUAAGAAACCUGAUUACAUUCCCCCCAACCAGGGCAUCCCCUGAUGAUCUCAGGGGUCCAGAUCUCAAAGAACACCUCAUCUGGUAUUGCUUAGCUAAAGAAUCUUCUAUUAAGGAGGUUGGAUUCCCACUUACAGUGAGGGGAUGCCAUCCAUCCCUUCCCUCCAGCCCCUACACACACACACACACACACACACACACACACACACACACACACACAUAUUAAAGCAUUUGCUUUAAGCAGGCUGAGGGGAGACCUGGAAGCUGAUUCUAGGAUGUGGCUACUUCUAAAAGCAGUUUUCAUGAGUCACCAUGAGAAAACUUACUACCCAUAGUAGUAGUCUGAAAGGAUGUACUCAGUUGAAGGUAGCAGGGGAGUGAACGGACAGUGGAACCAUUACUUAAAGCAGAGUUAGACUCAGACUGCCUCUGGUCCAGUUCCUUGCUGACAUUGAAACUCAGUUGCCUCUAAGGAAUUUUCCUUCCUGUCCCCUCACUGUGACCAGUUCCACCCGCUCUGACUCUUGGGUCUGUCAGUUAUCUCACCUCACCCUGGAUGAGGAUUAACUCAGGAGCCAGGACAUGUCCUGCUUGCCAGCUGUGUAAGAAUGGGGAAUGCGCAUUGUCUGUCUGUCCUGUACUCUUUUCUCUGACGCUUCUCCUGUCACCCACUUGACCACCCCCUUCUAACCAGAUCUUGGUUCUUCCUUCUCAUUUCUCAUGAACCCAGGCCGUCGCCUCUGCAUUUCCCUCUCACGUCACCAGUUACAUGUGAAUGGUAUAACGCAGGCUGCAUUCCUCUCUGUCACACACACUUAAAAAAACAUUGUCCAGCCAGCCCCUAUCCAAUACCAGGCGAGUUUUUGUUAUCUUUUACUUCAUCUCCCCAUCAUAAGAAGAGAGCAGUGGCCUUCCAUAAACUGAAUUAGGCUUCAUUAGACAAAUAAGGACAUUGGCCUCACUGGGGUGUAGACCAGGGUGGAGAGCAGCCUCGGCCAUCCUUGCUGGUGGAGGGAGGAGCUCCCCCACAGACACUCACUUUGCUUCCAUUUUUCUAGUUAGCUUUGGAACAGCAGGUACUAAUGGCAUGCUGACUAACUGUGGCUGUGUUUGCUUCUUCACCGGGCACCACACAAAGACUUGAGCAUUGGUGUCGUCUGCUUGUUCCAGCCACUGCUUAUGUGAGCUUUUGGUUUUUCUUUUUUGUGUGUGUGUGUGUGCCUUGUAACAGAAAACACCCCUUUGCAUUUGAUUUCUCGCAUCUCUAAAAGCUUUUAAAGACACUCAGAAAAACAAAAACAAAAACCCAAAUAACAAUUUGACUUUUUUGAUGCCAAAAUUAUUGAAUUUUUUUUUGCAUUUAUUUUUUAUUUUUCUCAGUAAAGUAAGUCCAAUGGGGAGUCAGGGAAUAAAAAGUCAAGAGAAUCUUAAAGAAGCUUUAAAGAGAAAAGCAUUGCUUCUGAGCUCUUUCCUCCCCUGCUCCGAAGCCUCCGGAGCUGGUUAUUGCUGCUCUUUUCUUUCGUAUCUAUACCUUUCUUCACAGUAGUCCCUGGCUCUGCACGGAAUAAACGAUACUCUCAAAUCUAACUGGACGUGCUCUCGCCUUUGCAUGUAAGUACAGGAGUAAGAACUCGGAUCUCUCUGUUUCAGAUUAGGGAAAACAAACGGGGGCAGAGGUUUUCUUUUAGAAGGUGUCCUGGACAGUCUGAGUAGUCUUUUUUUUUUCUUUUAAAAGCUAAAUACAUCUAUACUGGCCACAUUUAUACUUUGCCCCACAAUUUAUGCUUCCUCUUGCUCUCAGAGGAAGUAGGGAUUGGUUACUGAUUGCAGCCAUUGUUGUGUCCUGGAGGUCAGGUAGAGGACCUUGGAUUGUGACAGUGGCAAAACGCUGGAGAAAGAUUCCCACUGUCCACGGGACAAAAAUCCUGAAAAUGAUGUCUCUGCCAGACUGCCUUUCUGCUCCCAGCGUUCCAGACCUCAGUCUAAUGGCCUCUCCUUUAUGCUCAAAGCACAAUGGCCACUUUUUUUAUUUUUUGGUUGGAUAGCUUUGGCCUCUCUGCAUCUUUUGCCCAAGCACAAUGAGCAUCUUCUGCUCCUUCUCGACUGUGGUCCCCUCUAACUGUCAUCCAUGCUGUGAGGUAUGUCAGCAAGUACUCGGUAGCAGUUCAGGACUGUUUUCCCAGCUUGGGCUCUGUAUGAAUCGGUCCAAAAGGGUCUCUGUCAGCCAGGGGAGCUCUUCCACCUGGUGUCAGAUGUGGAUUUCUUGUUUCCCUCCUCCUUUACUUUGUAACUCACCAGCAGCAGCUCUUGCUUCCUCUCCAUCCUGUGUGCCUCUAAUGGAUAGACUUGGCUGUCUCACUUUCCUGACACACCCCUAAGUGUUCUGCAGAGUUGGUGUUCAGGCGUCCCCUACCCACAUCGUACUGUCUCUGUGUGGUCCUACCAGAACUGUCCAUCUGAAUUCCUUGGCUUUGCCAUUCACAAGUGUCUGGAGUUGUCAGGUUCCAAAAGUCCUAGUUCUAUUGACAGGACAUUUAUUAUGGAGUUGUUAGCUGAAUCAUGACCUACAGAGUCUAGUUUGUAUGUAGGUAUGAAGGGAAUUUUAAAAAAUAAAUUGAAAAUUAAGCUGUGAACAGCAUUAGAACUUUGUCUAUUUCUUGAUUUUAAAAUAUGCUGAUAAUGCCUUAAACUGUAGCUGUAGAAUUGUCAUUUUUUUGCUGUUUGAAGAUAACCAAUGUUUUCUAAACUGUUGUGUAAUCUUUCAGUGUUAAUGCAGAUUGUCAUGUAUGUAAGCUGCAUGUAGACACUUGUCUUUUUUUAUGAACUAAAAUAACUGUAUUGAUGUGAAGCAUAUUGUUCCUACAAGUAUGAAAGUGCUGGCUCAGCAACCUGCCGAGUAACUUGUGUCUGGUAACGUAGUAUGGUGCUAUGUGACCUAUGCAUAUAUCACUAGUGCCAAGACUUAAAGCGGGGAAAUAUAUUUUUACCCAACCGUU